AGAGGCCGGUGAGGCACCGGCGGCGACGCCGCGGGGGUUGCGGGACUGCGGAGCCCGCGUGCGCAUGGAGGCCCCGGAGGCCGCCUGAGGACAGCGGGCGAGAAGACCGGGCGACCUCGCGCAUCCCUCGAGCGGCUGCGGCGGGCCGCAGAGCCGGCGCGGCCAUGGCGACCGGCACCCAGCAGAAGGAGAACACGCUGCUUCACCUCUUCGCCGGCGGGUGUGGGGGCACAGUUGGUGCUAUUUUCACUUGCCCACUAGAAGUCAUUAAGACCAGGUUACAGUCUUCAAGACUCGCUCUCCGGACCGUCUAUUAUCCUCAGGUUCAUCUGGGGACCAUUAAUGGAGCUGGAAUGGUGAGACCGACAUCGGUGACACCUGGACUCCUACAGGUUCUGAAGUCGAUCUUGGAGAAGGAAGGACCAAAGUCACUCUUCAGAGGCUUGGGUCCAAAUUUGGUUGGAGUGGCACCAUCAAGGGCUGUGUACUUUGCAUGUUACUCCAAAGCCAAAGAGCAAUUUAAUGGCAUUUUCGUGCCUAAUAGCAAUAUUGUGCAUAUUUUCUCAGCUGGCUCUGCAGCUUUUGUCACAAAUUCCUUAAUGAAUCCUAUAUGGAUGGUUAAAACUCGGAUGCAGCUAGAGCGAAAAAUAAGGGGCUCCAAGCAGAUGAACACACUCCAGUGCGCUCGAUACAUUUACCAGACAGAGGGCAUCCGUGGCUUCUAUAGAGGAUUAACUGCCUCAUAUGCUGGAAUCUCAGAAACUAUCAUCUGUUUUGCUAUUUAUGAAAGUUUAAAGAAGUAUCUGAAAGAAGGUCCAUUAGCCUCUUCCACAAGUGGAACUGAGAAAAAUUCGACAAGUUUUUUUGGACUCAUGGCAGCUGCUGCUCUUUCUAAGGGAUGUGCCUCCUGCAUUGCUUAUCCACACGAGGUCAUUAGAACUCGGCUCCGGGAGGAGGGCACCAAGUACAAGUCCUUCAUCCAGACAGCACGCCUGGUGUUCCGGGAGGAAGGCUACCUCGCCUUCUACAGAGGACUCUCAGCCCAGCUCAUCAGGCAGAUCCCAAAUACUGCCAUCGUGUUGUCCACCUAUGAGUUAAUUGUGUACCUGCUGGAGGACCGUGUGCAGUAGCAGGCCACACACUGUGCUCUAGGAGAAUAAAACUGAGAAACUAGAGAUUUUUUUCCAUUGAUGUUUAGAGUGUCUGAGACUGAAACAGGAAAGGCCAUAGAGCAUCUGGCUCCUGUCACCUGCUGGACAUUUCCUUUUGGAUUCAUGCUUUCUGGAAGGUUUAAAUUCAUUAACGUUAAUAGUUAAUUAUAACUUUUUUUUUUUAACUUAAGAGGAUUCAGGAUUAAGAGGCAACUAAAUUAAAUCAUGCUAUUUAAUUUAAGU